UAAUUUCUAUAUGUAGUAACUAGUAACUAGUAAGUGGUUCAUUUCCCAAGUCCCUAAAAACCAUUCCGCUCCUCUCCCGAUUCCCCUUGCGACUAUUCGCCGUCGUCGACCUUCCAACUUUGACUGCCCAGACAAGAGUUGUACCAUGAAGAAAUGUAUGAUGAGAUGGGGUGAUGAUGAUGAUGAAGAAGACUCAUCCGAGGAAUCAUCAUCUUCUGACUCUAACGCUGAUACUACAGAGACUGAUAAGAAGAAGAGAAAGAGCAAGAAGACAAUAGCGAGGUUUGCGAAGAAAGAGAAGAAAGCUUUUGACUAUGAAUCUCUGCAGCAGCAUGGUUACAAAGCCGUUGGUCUUCCAGAUUUGCCUCCUCCUGUGGAGAAAGCGGAUUGGUCAUGGGCUACGGGGAAGGAUAAGCAAAGACCAGAGGAAGUGAAAGAGAGUUUUCGAGAACGGGAAGCUACUAGAGCUGCGGUUGCAGGUGGGGAGACCAUUGCGAACGCGCAGCUGAGGAGUGAUAGGAAGAGUCUUUCUUUUUCGCAGAAGGAGAAGAAGAAGAGAGAUUUGGGGCAAGCGAGUAGAGGGAAGAACUACGUUGAGGAAGAGAAGAGGCAGUUGAGAGAGAGCGGUGUUUACUCUGGCUUUGAUUCUUAGAAAAAGACUCAACUUCCAGGUAACAUCUUUGUAGUGUGGUAUGUAUCAUCAGAUACUUGCUUUGUUUUAACUAUGGUUCUGAUUCCUGAAAUUCUCAACUUUGAGGUUACAUCUUUGUGUUUAAUAUGAAUGUGAAGAAACAGGAAUUUGAUUUCAAUAUUAGCUACAAAAUUUACUUUGUUCUGAUUA